UUACUUCCGGCAGCCGCCAGAAGUCAAAGAAAUGCCAUGGCCGAGCUCGUUGAGGAGGAUGAGUUGCCGGUGCCCGAAUCAGGUGCUGUUUUCACAUUUGGAAAAAGCAAAUUUGCAGAAGAUAUUCCCAGCAAGUUCUGGUUCAAAAAUGACAAGCCUGUACUUAUAUCAUGUGGAGAUGAACAUACUGCUAUCGUUACAGGGAAUGGUAAACUAUACAUGUUUGGCAGUAACAACUGGGGACAAUUAGGACUAGGAUCAAAGAACACUGUCAGUAAACCAACAUGUGUUAAAGCAUUAAAACCAGAAAAAACAAAACUUGCUGUUUGUGGAAGAAACCACACUUUAGUUUACACAGAAAAAGGAAAUGUGUAUGCUGCUGGAGGUAACAGUGAAGGUCAGUUGGGAUUAGGUGACACAGAGGAAAGGACCACGUUUCAUUUAAUUAGAUUUUUUACCAACCAGCACAAGAUCAAACAGCUAGCAGCUGGAUCGUACACCUCAGCAGCAGUAACUGAGGAUGGGCAGCUUUUUGUGUGGGGUGACAAUUCAGAAGGUCAGAUUGGCUUGGCUGAUGAAACCUGUGUCAGCAUCCCAUGUCAAGUGGAUGUUGGAAAACCUGUUUCCUCUGUAUCCUGUGGAUAUUAUCACUCUGCCUUGAUAACAGGAGAUGGUGAGCUGUAUACUUUUGGAGAACCUGAGAAUGGGAAACUGGGAUUAAUGCCUGAACAGCUGAAGAACAAUAGAGUCCCACAGCCUGUGAUGGGAAUUGUGGAAAAGGUUAAUAAGGUUGCUUGUGGUGGAGAGCAUACUGUGGUGCUGACAGAGACAAAUGUAUAUACUUUUGGACUUGGACAACAUGGGCAGCUGGGACAUGGUACUUUUAUUUUUGAAACUUCAGUACCGAAGUCUGUGAAACACUUGAGGAGGUAUAAAAUAUGUAACAUUACAUGUGGGGAAAAUCAUACUGCUGUAAUAGCAGAGAAUGGCCUCAUGUUUACUUUUGGAGAUGGGCGACACGGCAAGUUAGGCCUUGGAGAAGAGAAUUUUACAAAUCAGUUUGAUCCCACUCUGUGUUAUAAUUUCUUGAGGUUCACGGUCCUUUUGGUUGCAUGUGGUGGUUGUCACAUGCUAGUGUUUGCUGCUCCAAGACCUAAAGGAUUUGAAGAAGUGCUCUUAGAAGAUUUACAUGAAAGCUAUUUGACUGCUACAGUCUCUAAAAUAAGUGGAGAUUUGCUAUUAACAAACACCUUACAACUAACAUCAGCACGAAUGCGACGUCGAGAGAGGGAAAAGUCCCCAGAACAGUUUAGUCGAAUGGCACAAACUCUGCCUCCACUAGGAGAAAGCUUCUUAAAAUCUUCACUACCUGUGACUAGCAAGACUAGUCCAUUCUGGUUUUCUGCAACAGAUCUUCCUAAAGCUGAACCUAGGAAGCACAGACGCCAUAAAAAAGUAAAGAAAAAGAAUCAUCAGAAGGAUAAAGCUGGUGAACGCUCUGCAGAAGAAGAUUCAGAUAAUGAAAAUAAUGACAGAAACCUUGGAGAUACAACUGACAUCUUAAAUAUGACACAUGCAAUGAAAUUGAAUCCCAGUGACCAGUCCUUGAAAUUAUCGCCACUCCAAAAACAAAAGGAACAAAACUUGUCUGGAGAGGAAGUGACAGAUGAUGAUGAUGGUGACAAUAAAGAGAAGGAUAAGGAGGAUGACGACGAAAAUGAGGAAGAGGAAGAAGAAAUAGAAGAGGAAGAAGAAAUAGAAGAAGAGGAAGAGGAAAUAGAAGAAGACGAAGAAGAAAUAGAAGAAGAGGAA